GAGGGAGCAGGCGGAGGAGACACAUGCGCGCUGCCGCCGCCGCCGCCGCAGUCCUUAGCUUCCCGGGGACAGGAAACCUUCAAGACCGAGCUGCCACUGCCGCCUCCCGGUCCGCGCCCCAUUCUGCGCGCUUGGUCUCAGCCUCCUCCCGCACUCCCAGCGUCUUUCGGGGGAGUACAGCAGGGACUCAGCCCCAGCUGCCGUCUUCCCGCCGCGGAAAGCUGUGACCCCCCCGCAGGAGCGGCGGGGAGGGGUGGGGGGCCCGGGAGAAGAUGGCGACGCCGGGAAACGAACCCCAACCUUUCGUCCCUGCCGUCUCCGUUGCUACUCUGCAUCCACAUCAUCAUUCCCACCACCACCACCAGCACCACGGAGGAACCGGAGUCAGCGGCGGGACCGGAGGCGGCGGCGGCGGCAGCGGGGGUUUCAACCUGCCCUUGAACCGGGGUCUGGAGCGCGCGCUGGAGGAGGCGGCCAACUCCGGGGGCUUGAACCUUAGCGCCAGGAAAUUGAAGGAAUUUCCCAGGACGGCGGUCCCCGGGCAUGACCUCUCGGACACCGUGCAGGCAGAUUUAUCUAAAAACAGACUGGUUGAAGUUCCAAUGGAAUUGUGCCAUUUUGUAUCACUGGAAAUUCUUAAUCUGUAUCACAAUUGUAUCAGAGUCAUUCCUGAGGCCAUCAUUAAUCUGCAGAUGCUGACCUACUUAAACUUGAGUCGAAAUCAGCUGUCUGCCCUGCCCGCCUGCCUGUGUGGUCUGCCUCUCAAAGUCUUAAUCGCAAGUAACAACAAGCUGGGAUCACUACCAGAAGAGAUAGGUCAGCUCAAACAGUUAAUGGAGCUGGAUGUGAGCUGCAACGAGAUCACAGCGCUGCCCCCGCAGAUAGGCCAGCUCAAGUCUCUCCGGGAGCUGAACGUCAGGAGGAAUUACCUGAAGGUUUUGCCACCAGAACUAGUAGAUCUUCCCUUGGUAAAAUUUGACUUUUCCUGCAACAAAGUGCUGGUGAUUCCCAUCUGCUUUAGAGAGAUGAAGCAGUUGCAAGUGUUGCUGCUUGAGAACAAUCCCCUGCAGUCCCCACCAGCUCAGAUUUGCACAAAGGGAAAAGUGCACAUAUUUAAGUAUCUGAGCAUACAAGCGUGCCAGAUUAAGACAACUGACUCCCUUUAUCUCCACACCAUGGAGAGGCCUCACUUACACCAGCAUAUUGAAGACAGCAAGAAGGAUUCUGAUUCGGGAGUUGGAAGUGAUAAUGGAGAUAAGCGAUUAUCGGCUACUGAGCCUUCUGAUGAAGACACGGUUAGCCUUAAUGUGCCAAUGUCAAAUAUCAUGGAGGAAGACCAGAUCAUCAAGGAGGACCCGUGCCAUCGCCUUAGCCCCAAUAAAGGGGAAUUUCAUCAGGAAUUUCCACCAGAGCCUUCCCUUUUGGGGGACAACAACAACUCAGGAAAACAAAGACACCAAUUUGCUGAUGGGGCAGAUGUUCUUCAUUCGGGAUUUAUGAACUAUAUUAAGGACAGGGCAGAAGACUGUGAAGAGCUGUUACGGAUAGAAGAGGAUGCCCACUGGCAGACAGAGGGAAUAAUAAGUUCAUCCAAAGAUCAGGACGUGGAUAUAGCAAUGAUUGAGCAGCUGAGAGAAGCAGUAGAUUUGCUGCAAGAUCCCAAUGGAUUAAGUGCAGAUAUUACUGAGAGAAGUGUUUUAAAUCUAUAUCCUAUGGGAUCAGCAGAAGCCUUAGAACUACCAGAUUCUGCACUUAAUGGUCAAAUGCAGCUGGAGACAUCCCCAGUGUGUGAGGUGCAACAUGAUCUAACAUUACAGAGUAAUGGGAGCCAGUAUUCUCCAAAUGAGAUGAGAGAGGACUCUGCCUCUGGCUCUCCUACCACAAACAGCACAGCUCCAUUUGGCCUGAAGCCUCGAUCAGACCCAGCCCUCAUUCUCCCUCCUAUCUCCUUCAACAAACUUACACAGGCACAAACAUGGGACAACUCUAGCUACAGUGUUCCUUCUGAAGGAGACAGUGACAAUGUGUUUCUAAGACCUCAGAGAAAUUUGGAAUCUAUAGACCCACAGUUUACAAUUCGGAGGAAAAUGGAACAGCUGAGAGAAGAGAAAGAACUGGUGGAGCAACUCCGUGAGAGCAUCGAGAUGCGGCUCAAGGUCACACUGCACGAAGACCUGGGCGCGGCCCUCAUGGAUGGCGUUGUCCUCUGCCACCUGGUCAAUCACAUUCGCCCACGGUCUGUCGCAAGCAUCCAUGUCCCCUCACCGGCGGUUCCCAAACUUAGCAUGGCCAAAUGCAGAAGAAAUGUGGAAAACUUUUUGGAAGCAUGCCGAAAACUGGGAGUACCAGAGGAGAAACUCUGUCUACCCCACCACAUCCUUGAAGAGAAAGGCCUGGUCAAAGUGGGCAUCACCGUGCAAGCAUUACUUGAUGUCUCCAUCACGAAGGCUCUGUUCACAUGAGACCAAGUCUUCUCCUCUGGGUCAGCUUGAACUGUUCUCCCAUGGGGAUCUUGGACUCUGCUCCUGGCACCUCUUCCACCCUCUCCCCCACUCGCCACCUGUCAGUUCCCCAACUCUAGUUGCAUUGACAAGGUUUAGUCUCAGGGAGGACUUCCUACCUCUCAGAGCUGACCUCCACCAUUAAGACUUGACAGGUGUUCAUCUGGAAACCAGUGAGGGAGCUGGUGGAGGACUAAGUAGCACAUCAUUGCCUUUCUCCACCUCCGUCACCUUCCAUGCUCACCGACUGCCAUUACCAGAACGCCAAGCACAGCUGUUUUGCAGCAAGACACAUCUGUUUUAUUAAAACCAAACUCGUUAUGGAUUUAGUGGGGGGUGGGGGAGGGGGAUACAAUCAGGUUUUUCACCACCAAAUUUUUCAAGAAGUUUCUUGAGACCAUUGCCUUUUAAAAACUAUUUUCGACAUAACAAAAUAUUUAUAUAAAUAUUAUUUAUUAGUGAGUUGUUAUUCAUCCUUUGGAUGCAAAUUGUAAAUUAGGAAACUAUUUUAUUACUGCUUUUUUGUGGUUAAACACUUUAUUUUAAUAUUAUAAAUAUUGAGUUAUUUUCUAUCCUCUUUGGUGUGCAGUAGAUCUAGGUCUCAAUCAUGUUUUCUGGUGUAUAUGAUUCAGAAAAAAAUUAUUAAGCAAAAAACAGGUGCUUCUGUAACAAAAAAAAACUCUUUCUGGGGAGGCAUUAGUUACACUUUGGUUUGUGGAACAUUGGUCUUAUUUAUAUUUCUGCAUUCCAUUCAGUUUCCUACAUUCCAGCAACCCUACUGUCCCCCAAUACAAUGAACUGACUGAAAUCAAGAGAGCACCCCAAGGUUAUUUGUAAAUAGCUGUGAUGGAUUUAAAACAAAAGACAUAUUAAACUUGAAGAUAAAAUGUGAAAAAUUAUUUUUUUGGAUUCAUACUUCUUUUGCUAUGCACAAAACAUUCACAUUUUAACACAAAAUCAUGAGUGUUUUAGCAUCAUCGGUCUUGAAGUAUAGUUUUGCACUGUGAUUUGUGUAAUUAAGGAGAGUCUAGCACCAAAGGUAGAUACAUGAGGAAAUGGUCUAGGAGAGUGGAGGUGAUUAAAAAAGAUGAUUGUCUAACCAAAAAGUUUUAAGGGAAGUUUCAAUGGAGUGAUCAGAAAUUACUUAAGGCACAUAGGACCUGGAUCAGGAAAUAAGCACUUCUUAAAAUUGCUAGUUUUAAAAGGAAAUGACUCUGAGGGGUAGAUGUGCUCAGUUUCUUAUAACAUAGUUGGUGUUUUUCACAGUAGUCUGGAAAGUUCUGCAAGAUUUGUGGUCUCUGGUGCAAAACCUGAGAAGCCACGUGGGUCGUCAGUGAGCCUGUGGGCAGCUGCACCACAAAGACAGGCGAAGAGGUCAAGUAAGUGGAGUGUGUGAGGCUGUGUGGUCAGGGAGGAAGCAAGUGUGAACAAAACAAGAUGAAAGGAACCACUCAAGGAGAGGGACCAUCUGUGUUAGUCUGAGAUUCACAGAAGGCUUCACAGGUCACAACCACCUGUCAUGCAGUGCCACACAUGUGCACUCCUGCUGCAUCGACAGUGACCCCAGUCACCAAUCUUUCAAAGUUCUGUGAAUGCUGACUGCACUUUCAACCUCUGUGGAAAGUCAUUGGAAGUUUCUAGAGCAGCAGUAGCCAUAUUUGUAGACAUAAAGGUGAAUGCAAAAGAAAAGCCAUCAAGAGGACAGUGUGCGUUGAACACACACCAACAUCAACCAACACCAGGGCCGCCCUCCGUGGGGGAGGGCAGAGGUUUCUGAAUAAGGAAAUUGAGAUUGGCAGCUAGCAAUUAUUACCUAUCAAAUGUACUGUGCACUUUAACCUAACUUAAAAUAUAUUUUAAUAUUUUCCUGUACUGCACAAAUACCUGUUUUGUCAAAUAGUGUAAUGAUGUAAAGAUGAAAGGCAUUUUGAACAAAGAGCGUAUACAAUUUAAGCAACGUUCAAAGGUUGAUGAUGUAAAAAGGAAUUUUGUUGGCUGCACCUUCACGGGCAUUUAGAAUGCAGGGUCCUGAAGUAUUUUUGUACAUGUAUAUAUGGCAACGUGAAGCUCUAUGUAAUCAUUGUUUUCAGAGAUUUUUUUUCAAAAUUAAAAUAUUUCUUUGGAUAUUAAUUUUGGGUAUUUUUUGACGUUGGCUGUAUAAUAAGAAUGGCUUCAGUGUUUUGUAAAAUGGCUUUUUUUUCUUUUAGAUCCAGUUCUUGUAUAGCUAAGAUGUCUACAAGAUCCUUGUAUACUGUUUAUAUGUGCAAUAAAAUGUGCAUGACCAGCUCACAGUACUGAAAGUAGACAGUGUAUAUAGUGCACAUUCCCUCCUUUUAUUAUUUAACAGCCAUUAAAACUUUGAAUCUGUGUGAACCA